UCAACAACUACAACACGGAAUAUGUCUGCACUCUGUCGCGUCGUGGUGUACGAAAUGUUUCGAAAUGUUACGAAUGAAUAAUGCUUUGCAGUACUUAAACUUUGAAGUUGCUUCUGCACUGGAAUGGCAGAAGCACGUACGAACCAAGAGAAUGUUGAGGAGAAGAAAGUCGACGAAAAGAAGUACAGUCAAUUUCCGAGAGACUCUGUUCGGUUGUUUGCGGAAGCCGGUGGGCACGGUGACGUUUCAGAUCAGGCGCUGAGUCUGCUAACUGAGGACCUCAACUACAGACUUCGUGAGGUCGCUCAGAACAGUGGCCAGUUUAUGCGGCAUGCCAAACGGAGAAAGUUGACAUGCGACGACGUAAGACGGGCAUUGCUGUGGAGCGAUGUAGAGCCGAUCUACGGAUAUGGCAGUUCUGAACCUCUCGCAUUCCAUUACAUCAAAGAAGCAGAUGUGUUCUGCCCCGAAGAUCGUGAAGUGAAUUUUCAGGAAAUUCUCGAUCUGCCUCUGAACCUGGAUGUGCCUACCGAGCCCGUUGUACAAGCUAAAUGGCUCAUGGUGGAGGGGGUCAAGCCUGAAGAGGGCUACGCCGGAAGCUGCAAGAAACAGAUACAGCUGCCCGUGACACCCUCUCACAUGCAGUACUACGAUGAAGUUACGAAGGCUAUUUUCGGCAGCAAUGAACAAUUGCUACAGUUGGCCCUCGACGAUCUUCACACUAACCCAUGCCUUGCACCAGUGUUGCCUUUCUUAGUCAAUUUUGUGUCGAUAGGUGUACGAAAAAUGAACCAUGACUUGGCACAGCUGAGCAAGCUUUUGAAGACCAUUCAUGCACUUGUAAACAACCCAACACUCUUUCUAGGCACAAAGCCCUAUCUGACACUUCUGGUUCAAGCAGUUUUGUAUUGCAUGUUAGAACCCUUGGCUGCAUCAAUCAACCCAAUAAAUGACCAUUGGUCGUUAAGGGACUCCGCUGCUCACCUUCUAGCUGGCAUUCUCAAGGUGUGGGCCACGCCAUUUAACCGCAUAAAAGAGCAGGUUCUGAGUGCCCUGCAGGAGUCAUUUCGUGACCUAUCGAGGCCGUUUUGCUGCCACUAUGGUGCCAUUGCUGGCCUUGUUGCCCUUGGUGUAGAAACAGUAGAAAAGCAUCUAUACCCAUCUCUGAAUGUCUACUGGCCACACUUGAUACGUGCAUUGGGGGAAUGCAUACCUUCCAGUGCACAGGUGAAAAAUGAUGCUCACAAAGUCUACGGGUCUCUAUUGAUUGUCUCGGAGCUACUAAUCCGCUUUCGUCAUCAGAAAAUCCUUGAAAAGGGCCUCGUAACUGAAGCUCGCUUCUCAACCUACCGAGAGUUGUACGAAUGCUUUGGAGAUGCUUUGGCAGUUCGAUUGCCAUUUGUCCCAGUAGCCAAGCACAUGUACCAGCUGAGAAAGGAGCUAACUGUUCAGUUAUUCAGCAGAGAUACAGCGACGGGUGAGGAACUUCUUGAGGCCUUUUACGAAGCUGGUGAAGAAGAGCGUAGUCCUUCACCGGAGGAAGAAAACUCGUGCGACAGUAUCUUGAGUGGUCCACCACCACCUGCUCUGGACCUCCAGGUGAAAAGUACCAUUUCGGACCCUACUCGAGGCAUCAAACUCACCAUUGCACUGCGGAGACCACCACAGGAAGAACCAAAAGCCAGCAAACGUAAGAAGGUGGCUUCCAAGGCGCAGUGGGAUCCAAAGGAGCCCGUGUUUGAAUCGGUGCCACUGAAGCCACGUUCUAUGAUCAGCAUCAACUUUGAAGGAGCCGUACCAGUUCCAAUCGUGUACAAAUUCUGGCCCCAUGCUUCGCUGCUAGCUCCAGAGACAAGAGCAGCUGUCCUGGCAAGAAGGAUGGGUAAGAUCGGGAAGAAGAAAACCAGCCGUCAACUGGGACCAGAAAAUAUCUUCCGCAAGUGCUUUUCGACUCCUGGUCUUGAUGCGAUUCUCUGACGGUGCACGUACAACACUGCAUGACGACCCUCAAGGUGUGCUGCGUGGUUGACUCCUGUGCAAGGCCUUGAACUUCUAAACGGAGAGGCUGUACAGCUCCGCUUCAUGGUUCACCAUUCGUGUAUAAUAUUUUUAUAUACAUAAUACAUUGCGAGCAUAAUUUAUGGCGAAGUCUGUCGGAGAAUUUGUGGUGCACGUGCAUUGUGGCUGAUACAACAAAUUUGGAAGUGCCCACCUAUCUAGUGUGUUCAUCGAGCAUUUGCCCAUUGUUUGGCUGCUGUUUUGAUGAUACGUGUGUGCCAGUGUAUCAUGAAUGGUUGCGAUCGAGACCAACGUUGGGUGGCCGGCAUAAAAGAAUCAUCAAGCUGGGCUCUGCUUACCUGCUGCAAUGUUAGUGGGCGCUGUGGUUUUCCUGAAGGGUUUGUUAACAGAAAUGUCCAACAUCCCACAUAGACGGUACAAACAUAAGUUUGGUAUGUCACUCAGCUCACUCCCCCCUCCAAUCAAGCUUCGAACGUCCUCGUGGAGUGUCCAUCGACUGCCUAGAAACAGAAGGUACCUUGCAAAGGCCACAUUUGUGUGUGUCAACAAUCCCAUUGCUGGACACACUGCCAGUCACUACCCCAUUACUCACUUUAGCAUGGCCUUCUCUGAUCGAUAGCUUUUCUACGAAACAAUAAAUGCACAAAGUGAACAACGGUUGUAGCAGACGAUCUACUAAACGAGGACAUAAAGGAUGAAACAGAAGCGAGGGAACUUUUACCUGGAAACAUUUAUUACAUCUUGUGGCCAAGCAGUUAACUUCCUGCUGUACCUGGUUGUUAGCCAGUGUUACAGGUUUUAUAUUGUACAUAUCUGUAUGCGAGACCGCACGUCAGUCUGUAAAUACAAACAGCCCUGCUUCAUACUUCGUGACUGUACGGUUUAUGAGCACGAUAAGUGUCGCAUAUGGCAUUCACUACAUUUACGUAUACAUUGUAUGUCUGUGCUUUGUGAAAUAUACUGAAUUAUUUUAUGAAAAGAA